GUCAAUGGUGCGGAUCGUUUUAUUUUCUAAUCAAAUCGUUAGCGGACGAAAAUUUCAUGAUCAUUGAUUGUUGUCGAAGGGAGCAAAGGAACAAUUGAAUAUUUUCAAAAUGAGUGCUUUGAUUUUUCUUAGCACCAUAUUAAUUGGUUUUAUUCUAUUCAAACUUAUCAAUUCAAUGCGACGUCCCAAGAAUUUUCCACCAGGUCCCCGUUUUCUGCCUUGGCUGGGUAACACACUGCAAUUUCGAAAGGAAGCCCGAGCCGCUGGUGGGCAGCAUGUGCUCUUUGAGCAUUGGUCAAAGCAAUAUAAUAGCCAAUUGCUUGGCCUCAAAUUGGGCAGUGAAUAUGUGGUUGUUGCCAUGGGCAAUGCCAUGGUCCGGGAGGUACAAUUGCAGGAGGUUUUCGAGGGCAGACCCGACAAUUUCUUUCUCCGAUUGCGCACCAUGGGCACACGAAAGGGCAUCACCUGUACGGAUGGCAAACUGUGGUAUGAGCAUAGAAAUUUCGCCAUGAAACAGAUGCGUCAUGUUGGCUAUGGGCGCAGUCAGAUGGAGGGCCAUAUCGAACGUGAGGCCGAGGAAUUGCUUAAUAAGUUGGCCGGAACUCAUGGGACACCCAUUGAGCCAGUAACCAAGCUGGCCGAGAGUGUCUUAAAUGUUCUUUGGUGUCUAAUUGCUGGCAAACGCAUAGCCAGCGAUGAGGAUGGAACUUUACACAGUCUGCUCGAUCUGAUGACUCGUCGUUCCAAGCUAUUUGACAUCUGUGGUGGUCUGUUGGCCCAAUUCCCUUGGCUGCGUCAUGUGGCUCCGAAUAAAACGGGCUAUAAUCUUAUACGCCAAUUGAAUACCGAACUCUAUCAAUUCUUUAUGACGACCAUUGAGGAGCAUCGCCAACAAUUGGCGGAUAGUGAACAGGAUACGGAUCUCAUCUAUGCCUAUUUGCAGGCAAUGGCCAACAAAGAUGAUGAAAGCAGCAGCUUCAAUGAAACCCAAUUGGUAAUGACCAUUUUGGAUUUCUUCAUUGCUGGCUCCCAGACCACUAGUAAUACCAUCAAUUUGGCUCUCAUGAUUCUGGCAAUGCGUGAGGAUAUACAGAAACGGCUGCUUGAUGAAAUCGAGGCAAAUUGCUCCAGCAAUGCAGCAGGAGCAUCAUCAUCAUCAUCUGGAGCAGCCGCCUUUCCACAUCUCAGUCGACGUGAAUCCUUUGACUAUAUGGAUGCAUUCAUUAUGGAGGUUCAGCGAUUCUUCCACAUUACACCCAUAACAGGACCACGUCGUACUCUUUGGUCAACAAAAUUGGGUGGCUAUGAUAUACCAAGGAACACAACAAUAUUAAUUGGUCUGCGUUCUGUACAUCUCGAUAAAGAGCAUUGGGGUGAUCCACUUGAGUUUCGUCCUGAACGUUUCUUGGACACGGCAACUGGCAAAUGCUUUAAAGAUGAUUACUUUAUGCCCUUCGGUUUGGGUCGUCGUCGUUGUUUGGGUGAUGCUUUGGCUCGUGCUUGUAUUUUCUCAUUCCUGGUGCGUAUUGUCCAGCAUUUCCAUGUCGUUCUGCCAGCUGGAGAGACGCCAUCGUUGAUAUUGCAGCCAGGAAUAACCCUUACCCCAAAGCCAUAUAAAGUUAUGUUCGUGAAGCGGCAGUAAAGACAGAAAGAGAGAGAGAGAAGGAACACAUCUAGGAUAGAGGAAAGCUAUAUUAAGAUCUCUAAAAUUAUCAAAACUAUAUGGUAAACAUCGAUUCGCCAUUCCAUAUUCCCUAUUUUGUUAAAAAAAAUAAUUUCAAAAUAAAUAUUCUUUUGGUUUACGGGUCUUUUGAAGUCGGCGAGACGACUUAACACAAUUAAAUUGGUUAUAAAACAAUGUAAACAGAAUAAA